AUGAUGGAUAAUCAGGCUGUAAAGUCACUGCUAGAAAUGGGUAUUCCACACGAAGUAGCUGUGGACGCCCUCCAAAGAACUGGCGGUAAUUUGGAGGCAGCAGUUAACUUCAUCUUUUCGAACGAGCUGCCGGAGCAAGCGGAAAUGGGUGAGGAGAAUGAUGGCAGUCAGCCUAGGAUUUCUGAGAACAAAAUAGUGGCUGGAACCAAGCCCUGCGAUGUUCCGAACAACGGGGACCAAGACAUUGAUAUGCCGGAUGUGAGUGGUGUCGAUGUUGAUUAUGAUGACGAUGAAGACAUCACGGAUGAACGCAGCGGUUCUAAUAGCACCAGCGGAUGCAGGGUUACUGCUCAGAACUACGAUCGUUAUUCUAUAUCGGAGACAUCCAUUCCUCCCCCCUCUUAUAGUAUAGUACAACACAACGAGUUCAAGUCGAACGUGGGCGAUCCUACGGUUGUGUUGCCGCUACCCUUGAAUAGUCUAAUUGAGAGCUAUUUUGGGCUGUUUGCGUUGCUCACGGCCGUGUAUUUCCCACACGUGUUCUUGAAACCGGACUUUAAGGAUUUGAACUAUAGGGCAGACUGGUUCAAGGGCUCAUCGUUUACGGAGCCCAAAUACAGACUUGCAUAUUGCGAGGCAGAAGAUGGUUCCACUACGUCGGAGAUCGUGCUGGCCAGCGGACCUAAUGAAGGGUUGCAACCGCAUCUGCUCUGGCAGUUGCAAAAACUCAUCUCCGUGGUUAACACGCGAAAGUGUGAAAGAGCCUUUGUUUCGGCCAAGGUGUUUACGUCGUCCUUGGAACCGCAAUUGAGGUCCAAGCUGGCCGAUUCCGAGCAUCUUUAUGAGGUGCUCCCAGCGUUUAUCAAAUCAUUGGCAGUGGAUUUGGAAAUGUGUCCUGGGAUCAGAGACCGGGAAACAAGAAGUCUCUUUAUAUCUUCUGCUUUGCAUACUCCGAACAAGAAUGAACCUCCAAUGGAGACGUUUUUGUCCUUGUUUCAUUUUCUUCCUGAAGAGUACGAUUCUAAUCUAUAUAAAAUGUUCAACGUUUUAUUGUACCCCGAAGAAGAGGAAGAAGAAGAAGACGUGAUUCGUGGUGGCGAGCAAGAAGAGGCGAGAUAUGUGGAACCGGAGAAUACUUUGAAGGAGGUGGCACCCGUAUUAACAAUCCUGUUCAAUGAACUAGAAACAAAUACAGAAUCAGUGUCUCUACCCAAUGGCGUGGAUAUACCGCUUGAGUUUUACCCACAGCUUUACACCAAACAGUGCAAAGACCAACUAAUAAGACAUAUUAUUUCUAAACGAAAGCAAGCGCGGACCAGAUCCAGAUGCUUGCUUCAAGAGAUCAACGAGUUAAAGAGUUACCAAGGCAAAAACAUAUCCACUAUUCUAGAGUCGACGCUGGCGUAUCUACAAACAAUUCCUGACGAUGCUAAUAAUGAAGCAGCAAAGCAGAUCGCAUCGUUGAAAGAUACAUUAAAUUCUGCGAGAGCCGCUAAAAUGGAGGAAUAUAAGGACUUGGCGUCCAAACUGCAUGGAGAAUGGAACCUUUCACAUCCAGAGACACACAUAAUCAACACUGCAAAGCAAUUGGGACUGAUCGAAAAUCCCUACAUCCUCACAAUGGCAGCACUAUCGCCAUAUUCAUACUUUAUCAGAAGCAGAAACGGUGCAUGGUCAUGGAUACAAAGUAAUACGUUGGGAACAGAAUUCAAGGUGAAAAAAUGUUCGUCGCCUUCUGUCGUUCAAGAAGCCAUCAAGCAUGGCACGAAGUACGCAAGUGAAACUCCGCUGAUGUUCAUAUACUGUGAAGAGGGUAAAAUUCCCACGGAAGAAGUAGUCGCGGAAGCGUUGAAAAGCAAUAGCGGGUGCUUAAAAUUUGCUGAGGAUGACCAAAAUUCAUUAAAAACAUUGCGUUCGCAAUUUUUCGAUGGUAUGGGAGAUCCUGAACAAGCCACCAACAAUAUUAACAAUGGUAACGAUAAUGACAAUGACGAUGACAUCGAUUCUGAUAAUUAG